GUGUAAAAAUGGCGAAAAAGAAAUCGGACGAAAAAAAUAAUCAAGAUGAUGACAAUACCAAAAAUGAGAGUGAUUUAUCGUCCAAUGAUGAAGAACCAAACUUCAGUGAUCCAGAGGGAUUCGUCGAUGAUAUAUCUGAUGAAGAGCUUGUAGGUGAUAUUUUGAAACUGAAACCUAAGGAGACUGAUGGAGUUGAAAGCGUAAUAGUGGUCGAUGGUGUUCCACAAGUAGGUCCCAGCCGUAUUGAAAAACUUAAAUCUGUCAUAAAUAAGAUAUUUGUCAAGUUUGGAAACAUUGUGAAUGAAUAUUAUCCAGUAAAUGCAGAAGGACAUACUAAAGGCUACAUAUUCAUUGAGUAUUCAUCACCUGUCCAUGCUGCAGAAGCAGUAAAACUUACCAACAACUUCAAACUAGAUAAACAGCACACUUUCCAAGUGAACCUGUUUACUGAUUUCUCUAAGUAUGAGCAAAUUCCUAACAAAUGGGAGCCUCCAGAGCCCCAGCCAUAUGAAGGACAAGCUGAUUUGCAUUAUUUUAUGUUGGAGCCUGAUGCAUAUGACCAGUUUGCUGUUGUAACUGCCCAGGGCUCAUCUGUGCAGAUUUGGCAAAAUACUCAACCAGAUCCUACCCUUGUUGAGCAACGUAGUCAAUGGACCCAGACAUACAUCAAAUGGUCUCCUUUAGGUACCUAUUUGUCUACUUUCCACAAGAUGGGUAUUGCCUUGUGGGCUGGACAUAACUAUGCCCAGUACAAGAAAUUUGCUCAUCCUGGAGUGCAGUUCAUUGACUAUUCACCAUGCGAGAAAUAUUUGGUCACCUAUUCUCCACAGGGUGAUCCUCAUAAUCCUGAUCAGAAGAGGAUUAUCAUUUGGGACAUUAGGACUGGUUUGGAAAAGCGUUCUUUCAACCCCGAAGGCCCUACAGCAUGGCCGAUUUUCCGUUGGUCACAUGAUGACAAAUACUUUGCACGUAUCGGGCAAAAUAAUGAUGCUCUACAAGUGUACGAGACGCCAUCCUUCGGAUUGCUCGAAAAGAAGUCAAUCAAGAUCAAUGGCAUCAGAGACUUCAACUGGUCACCAACUGAUAAUAUUGUUGCUUAUUGGGUUCCAGAAGAUAAGGAUGUGCCUGCUAGCGUAACUUUGUUGGAAUUGCCUAAUAGAAAUGAAAUUAGAAAGAAGAACUUGUUCAACGUCGCCGACUGUAAAAUUCAUUGGCAGAAAAGUGGUGAUUACCUCUGUGUAAAAGUAGACAGGUAUUCGAAAGUGCGCAAGGAGAAGAACGAGACCAAGUACUCCGGCAUGUACUGCAACUUCGAGGUGUUCCACAUGCGCGAGAAGCAGAUACCCGUCGACAGCGUCGAGUGCAAGGAGCCCAUACAGGCUUUCGCCUGGGAGCCUGUCGGGUCCAAGUUCGCCAUGAUUCAUGGCGAGUCGCCCAACAUCAACGUCAGCUUUUACGAGGUGCGGGUCGGCCAGGCGCCCAUUUUGCUCAAGAAAUUGGAGAAGCGCGCGUGCAACCACCUGUUCUGGUCGCCGGGUGGGCAGUUCGUCGUGUUGGCCGGCCUCGGCUCCAACGGCGGCGGCUCGCUGGAGUUCGUCGACACGCACGACUUCCUCGUCAUGAACACCACCGAUCACUUCCAGAUGUCCGACGUGGAGUGGGACCCGACGGGGCGGUACGUGUCGACGGGGGUGUCCUUCUGGAAGACCAAGGUCGAUACAGGAUACUGGAUCUGGUCGUUCCAAGGCAAAAUCCUCAAGCGCUUCAACAUGGAGAAGUUCGCGCAGAUGCUGUGGCGACCGAGGGCGCCGAUGCUGCUCGGCGAGGAGAAGCAGAAGGAGAUCAAGAAGAACCUGAAGAAGUACUAUCCGCAAUUCGAGAGCAAAGAUAGGAUGCGGCAGUCGAAGGCCUCGAAGGAGCUGAUCGAGAAGAGGGCCGCCCUCAUGGAGAAGUUCAAUGAGUACAGGCAGGAGAGGAUAAAGGAGUAUUUGGAUAACAAACCGAGGCGAUUGGCGCUUAGAAACCAUGUUGAUACUGAUGAGUUAGAUGCAGAUACGCAGAAUGUAGAAGAAGAAGUUGUAGAAUUCUUUAUCAAAGAGGAAGUGACAAUUAUAGACUAA